AUGUGGCUGCUUACGUUUAUGCUCGGUUCUACAGAUCCACACCCUCUUACCAAACAAAGGCAAGGUCCGGUAAAAUUAUUAAACAGGAACGGUCUUGGGAACCUGCCUGCAAGUUUCAGAUUCCUCCACCUUAUGCAUACACCCAGGAAUCUCUUGGAGUGGAUGGUGAACAGCAACAGAGUGGAAAAGUAGAGCAGUGGCAUUUUACUGACUUCAAAACUCAAGGGAAGAAAGACCAGGAGGAGGAGGAGAAUAACAGUACGUUUAGCAUCCUUUGUAUUUCCUUGGAAUCUCACGGGAUACGUGCAAUGGAGCCACUAUCUGAUAGCAACUCAGCAGAGGGAGGGAGAGUAUGGACACAGUAACUUCAUCAACAUUACCAGGUAUUUACAAGCAAACCUUUCUGCAUAUAAAUUGGAAAGCAAUGCAAAGUAGUGUUUGGGCAUCAGGGGUGUUUGGGAAUUUUGAACUUUGAUUGUCAUACCAUGACCAGAUUCAAAGUCCCUCCCACCUUGCAUUCACCCCAGCUGAACUGGGAAGCUCAGCUCCAGUCAAGCCUAAGUCUGUCUCCUGCCUAGAUUCCUUGUCUUAUAUGUUUGUUUUUUUGCCAUGAUAGAAUUUGACACCAUCCACAGUCUGAAACAACUGGAGUGCAGCAGGUAGCUUCAUUACAAUAGCUGCAUCUGUCUAAUGAAGUGUUGGUUCAACACCAUCCACUAAAACAGGUAGCCAGUGUGAGCUCUCCAGGUAUCAUUGGACUACGGCUCCCAUCAUUGUGCCAUUGUAAUGGGCUGGUGGGUGUUGUUGUCCUACAACAUCUGCAGGGCACCACGUUGGCUAUCCCUGCACUAAAACCCCAAGCAAGCAAGCAAUGCUACAAACUGCAGAGUAAAACCUCAAACUCACUAACCUAAUCUGCCUGGGAUGGAGGAAGAAAUCCUUCCAGAAACUCAAAUCACAGGUCAGCCCAACCCAACUUUGAACUUGUGGCCACCACUGAAAGAAACUGCUGGGGUGCAAGUCCCCCUGAUUUGUUAGCUGUGAAACAAAAGGGCUUUUAUGUAUUGCAGUGGUAGGAUGUUGCUUUAUUUAUUUCUCAGGUCCCUUUGGCAUUGGGCUGAGCAUAUUUCCUGGUGGCGGGAGAUGGGAGGGAGAAAGACUUGCAGCAGGACAUCUUCUCACACGUUUCUCUGGAUUUCAUCUUUGAGUCUGAUCUGUACUAGCACUAGUUCUCCAGGGUUUCAGACGGGGGUAUUUCCCAGCCCUAACUGGAGAUGCUGGGAUUGAACCUGGGAAUGUUCUGCAUAGAAAGCACGUAUUCUACCACUCGGCGAUGGCCUUUCCCCCACUUGCACUAGUGGACGUCUACAUCAGAGAGAUGCAUUCCAUCACUAGUUCCAAUGCAGUACAAUCCCGUGUUUGUCUAAUGGGAUGUAAGUGUUACUGCGUUGAAUAGGACCUAACCCCCAGGUAACUGUGUAUGGUAGAUGUGACUAACCUGUAGCCCUCCAUAUGUUGGUGGAUGACAACUCCUAACAUCCCUGGCCCUGGCAUUGCUGGUUGGAGCCAAUGGAGUACCAAAGCAUCAGGAGCUCAGAGAACCACAGGUGAGCAGGAUUGCAGUCCUGCUCCAGAGAAGUAAGAAGAAAUACCUACUUUAUUAAUUUAUAUGGGAUAUUUCUAAACUUACCCGGACCCUGAGAUCAUCUUCUGGGGCCCUCCUUCGUGUGCCACCUCCUUGAGAGGUCCAGAGGAUGGCAACAUGAGAACGGGUCUUCUCUGCAGUGGCUCCCCAUCUGUGGAAUGCUCUCCCCAGGGAAGUUCGCUGGGUGUCUUCAUUAUACACCUUUAGGCACCAGGCAAAAAUGUUCCUUUUUAACCAGGCCUUUGGUUGACCUGAUCAACAUCCCAUACCCAUUUAAAAUGUGGCUCUUUGGGGGGGGGGUUAUUAUUGGGUUAUUGCUUUUAUUUUUAUUUUAUAUACUGUGAUCUUUUUAUGUGAACUGCCCUGAGACUUCCAGAUAUAGGGCGGUAUAUAAAUUCAAAUAAGAAUAAGAAUAAUUAAACAAAAAACAAAAAAAACUGUUAAACGUUACCAAAUACCAUCCUGUUGUACAAGUGCAAUAAAUAAAACAGUUAAAAACAAAUUUCCAAAGAGAAAUUGGAUACUGUCCCCAAGACAAUCUUCAGUUAUUUAUAUUCAAAUGGUUUGCAUCGGUUGUGAAAAAGAGCUGGACAUUGGUGCAGGAUUCCAUAAUUAGGAAGCCUAGUGUAGAAUUUGAAGUCCAUUUAAGAAGUUUUUUCCAAAUGGUUGAAAGGCAUUAAUUAGUUCAGGUUUGCUAUCAAUUCACCAUGCAGUGAAUGCAGCUUUUUUUUCUUGGAAGCUAACAUUUUGUUUCUAAUUUCACCCUCCAGUCAACACACAAACUGAAGUAAUAGAGCCAAUAACUACAACUAGCCUCUUGUCCUUUUCCUGAAUCAUUUCUGGUCAGACAGGUUUAUACUGCUCAUUUACCAUAGUUACACAACCCCAGCUGAGCUCCCAGCUGGCAAAUUCAGGAAGCUGUCAAUUAAGGGUGAAGUUUGCUUUCAUUUCCUAUGUUUCUAAUUCGGACCCUUGAUUUGAAUUUCAAAGCCAAGGUGUAAAAGAGCUCAAACACAAAAUCUGCAUGUCUGUUGUUGUUUUGAAAAGAUAUAUUCAACAUUUUAGUUAUGUAAAAUAGUCUGGCAUGGUUUUGCUGCUGCGUAUCACUCAUUAUAUUGGAUAUGCACUAGGGCAGUUCAAGAAGAGAGUUUUACAGCCGUUGUCCUGGCCCUCCCUGCCGAACAAAGAACUCAAGCUCCCAGUUCAGUUUCUGCCAAAGUCUUCAAUGCAUAAAUCAGAUCGGUGCAGAGGUAAAGCACAGAUUAAUUACAAGGUGCAGCAGGCACACAAGAGUUAGAGAUACAGUAUAUGGCUAAGCAGAAGCUAAGCCAUUGAUCCAACAAGCCACAUGCCCCCCUGCACCUUGCUUUUUGAAGGGCAGGGCGAGCACAGCAUUUAGUGCAGCAAGCAAUGGGAAUCUCUGGAGUGAGCAAACAAGCGGGCACUCCUCCCUUUACACCUCAACUACUCCCUUGGCCUAUCCUCUCUCAGCUUGACCCUCCCCUCAUAGCUUUGCCAAACCCCUCUGUGAAGUGGCUCUCCCCCUCCACUAAACAGCUCACCUGAGCCCAAACUGAUUGCUCACUUGCCUACCACUCUGUUAUCAUGCUAGAGUUGGCAUGGACACCUGCUGGUGGUCACGCAAUUUGCAGCAUGACAAUAGCCUUUUUAAUAUGUAUAGGAACAUACAUAGUACAGUGGUACCUCGGGUUACGAACUUAAUUCAUUCCGGAGGUCCGUUCUUAACCCGAAACCGUUCUUAACCUGAGGUGUGCUUUCGCUAAUGGGACCUCCCACUGCCAGCACGCGAUUUCCAUUCUCAUCCUGGGGCAAAGUUCGCAACCCAGAGCAACUACUUCUGGGUUAACAGUGUUUGUAACCCAAAGUGUUUGUAACCCGAGGUACGACUAUUCUAAAAUUAUAAAGAAGUUUGUAAUCUCAGCAGAGGCAUCCUGUGAGGGCUUCUGUGGUUAAAAGGCAGCCUUUCCCUUUUUUAUUUCUCCCCUCACCCCCGCAACUAAGUCCCUCAUGACAAUGUCUGAGGAGAAAAUUGUAGAGAGCAAAGGGAGUUCUGGGACCAGCCAUAGCUUGGAUAGACAGACAUAGUUCCUCUCAUCUAAUCCCAUUUGAUCUCCUUAUGCUCUCACGAGUUUAGAAUUCCAGGAUAUUGGGCAGCAUAUGCAAACUAACAAACAAAUAACCACAUGGAAGAGCUAUCCCCAUGUGCAUGUUGAUAACUCUGGCCUUUACUGGCUGGAGGAACAAGAGGCUACAUUAAGGGGUUUGGCUAGCUAGAGAGCCUUUCUCAGCUCUCCUUCCAUUAACUUCCUUAAGUCAACUUUUCUUAGGUUCCAAGUCUAAGUGUUUAAAAGUUGUGGCUCAAAUUAGAACACGAGUGUCAGUGAGUGCAUAUAAGGGUUAAAAUUCCUUGUAGGAAAAGCCCUUCGAACUGCCUUUGGGCCUGCUCCCCAACAUUUGAAAGUCAAAUCCAUAGGUAUUUCCAUUGUUUGCCUAGCAAAAGGAAAUGUCAGUUCUGCUGCUUAGCAGGCUGCUUCAGUACAUCUGGUGUGGUGUUGACUAUUCUGGCAGUGAACUACACUGAGCCAUUUCCUUCUUUCUGGCUAGUCAGGUUGCAUUCCUAAAAGGUGGAAGCUUUAAGCAAGUGAGGGGUGUCUGUGGCUACUUUGACAACACUGGCUAUUUUCAGACGUGACUUGAAGGAGCUACGUCUACCUGCUUUUCUUGCAGGGCAGUCCUCCAACUGGACUUGUGGCCACGUGUGCUUACCAUACUCUUCCUUCCCCUUUCCCAUAUGACUUUACCAGGAUGUUCUGCUGCCUUUUUAAGCAGCUGGACUGGUUAGACAGGGAGCAGAUUGCCAGCAGUAGUGGUUGCAUUCAAGCUGUCUUCCUGAGGAGAAGGGGGUGGGUGGGAAAUUUGCUCCUUGCAGCACACAUGCUUGGACUCUUCUGUGCUUUCCUGCACACUCAGUUGUUGGCUCAAUUCCUCCUAGACGGCUUGAUGGUGGCAUGAAAAAUAAAGAUGCAGCGGAGAAAGACCAAAGAGGAUGA